CGGGAUACUUGAAACGCCUGAACAGCCGCCGCUCCAGCGGGCCCCUCGCUUGUUCUCGGUGUGUCCCUGGCUGACCACCGCGGCCGUGCCUGCGCUUUCGCAGCCUCCUCGGCUCUCGGCCAUCCCGGGCGGGCGGGCCGGGCUGAGGCGGGCGCCCGCCGGGGGAGCGUUCCUCUGCGCGGCCGGUCGGCGGGAGUGAGUGCACGCUGCUUGGCGCCGCAGGCGGAUCCCGCCGCGGCCUCGCAGCAGUGAUGUUGGGCUCCUCUGCGGCCCGCGAGGCGGGCUCGGCGCCGCUCACCUUGCAGCAGACGGCACCCCACGAGGACCAGGAGAACAUCAACCCCGAGAAGGCCUCUCCCGCCCAGCAGCCCCGGACCCGGGCCCGGCUGGCGGUCCUGAAGGCCGGGAACCAGCAGGCUCCAGCGCCGCCGCAGAGGCCCAAGACGCGACGGGUUGCCCCUCUGAAGGAUCUUCCUGUAAAUGAUGAGCGUGUCAUUGUUCCUCCUUGGAAAGCAAACAGCAAACAGCCUGCAUUUACCAUUCACGUGGAUGAACCAGAAGAGACUCGGAAGAGCCCAGCCGAGUCUAAAGAAACAGAAUGCGAAGACAUCCUGGCGUUUAAUUCAGCUAUUGCAUUACCUGAACCAAGAAAACCACUGGUACCUCUUGAUUAUCCAAUGGAUGAUAGCUUUGAGUCACCACAUGCUAUGGACAUGUCAAUUGUGUUGGAAGAGGAAAAGCCAGUGAGUGUUAAUGAAGUCCCAGACUACCAUGAGGACAUUCACACGUACCUCAGGGAAAUGGAGAUUAAAUGUAAACCUAAAGUGGGCUACAUGAAGAAGCAGCCGGAUAUCAACAACAGCAUGAGGGCCAUCCUCGUGGACUGGCUAGUGGAAGUGGGAGAAGAAUAUAAACUACAGAAUGAGACCCUGCACUUGGCGGUGAAUUACAUCGACAGGUUCCUUUCCUCCAUGUCUGUGCUGAGAGGAAAACUUCAGCUGGUGGGCACUGCUGCUAUGCUGUUGGCCUCGAAGUUUGAAGAAAUAUACCCCCCAGAGGUAGCAGAGUUUGUGUACAUUACAGAUGAUACCUACACCAAGAAACAAGUUCUGAGAAUGGAGCACCUCGUUCUGAAAGUCCUUUCUUUUGACUUAGCGGCACCAACUAUAAAUCAGUUCCUCACUCAGUACUUUCUGCACCAGCAGCCUUCGAACUGCAAAGUUGAAAGUUUAGCUAUGUUUUUGGGAGAGUUAAGUUUGAUAGAUGCUGACCCCUACCUUAAGUAUUUGCCAUCAGUUAUUGCCGGAGCAGCCUUUCAUCUAGCACUCUACACAGUCACGGGACAAAGCUGGCCAGAAUCCUUGGUACGUAAGACUGGCUACAGUUUGGAGAAUCUGAAGCCCUGUCUCCUGGACCUGCACCAGACCUACCUCAGAGCGCCCCAGCAUGCGCAGCAGUCAAUCAGAGAAAAGUACAAACAUUCCAAGUAUCAUGGUGUUUCUCUCCUCAUCCCACCAGAGACACUACAUGUGUAACAGUGAAAGACUGACUUUGCUUUCUAAGAGUUAAAUCAAGGUAUAUGGUGUACAGUUUUUAAAGUUUUAAAUUUACAAUCAUUUCUGAAUACAAACGUUAUGGUCAAGUACAAAUUAUGGUCUCUAUUCCUUUUUAAUUUGUAUAUCUUUUGUACAUGUACUAUCGUAUCUUAGAUAUGUGACUGAUUAUGAGUAGUUUUGUUAAAGUAUUAAUGAUGCCAGCUGUCAGGAUAAGAAUAAGAAUUAAUAAAUUGAUUUGGAAAACUUA